AUGUCUAUGCAGCGCAUGCUUGCACGUUUAGCUUGCGAAAGAUCUCAGUCCUUCUCGCAAGGCGCUAGUCCUGGCGCAAAGGUUGAGAACAGCGCUGCUUACGAGGCGCUCCGGGCGUUGCUGGAGCGCGCGGAGGCGGCGACGUUGUUGGACCCCGUGGACAGGUUGCUCUACCAGGAGACGCUGAAGUCAUCGGUCAAGAGCCAUGUCGAGGGAGUGAAGGUGUUGCUUGCGCCCUUCUUUCUCUACAACCCGCUGUAUGGCUUCUUGCUGCAGCCCUCCCAGACGCGGGCCGACCAGGGGGCCUGCGGCCUCGGUGGCGACGAGGCCGCCGGCUUCGAGAUCCAGGCGGCGAUGGCGGCCCCGCUGCGGCCAGUGCUGCCCAGGUUCCCGCUGCUUCCAGUCGCGAUGGCUUCCACGCUGGCAUACACUUCUUCCACCGAUCUCGACGCACGGCUCGGGCUCAGCGCCGAAGCGAUGGACAGGGCGGCCGCUCGCGCCGCCGCGGCAUCAGGUGGCGUGGGCGCUCCGGGCAGCGGCCUCGGCUGGAUGCGGGAUGCGUCCUCGCUGGUGGGGAGCGGCCUCGGCUCGUUGGGCAUCGGGAAGGCGUUGGGAGGCAAUUGGACAACAGGCCUUGGCUUCCAAGGCGGUAGCGCAAAGCCACCAGAAGCGGUGUGA